AUGGAGUUUAUAAUAAAUGUAAUAGCGGAGAGAUCUGUGCUAAGAGAGUCCUUAAAAGGAAUCAUAUGGACAAUAUUUUUUAAUCGAUUAUUUGGUCCCAUAACACCAGUGACAAACGAAUUCAUGAAUGUGACGUAUCCUAUGGCUAAUAAUUUACCUGAUUUGGAUUCAUUGAUUGACGAGAAAAUCAAUAAAAUACUAAAUCAAAUAACUGAAGCAUCAAACCAAGCCAAAGUAAAGGUUCAGUUUUUGAGUAAAAGCGCCAACAAGAAGAAAAGUGGAUGGUUUGGUAAUAGCACCUAUAAUGUUCAGGAUGACUUGAUAGUAUGGGAGUCUUGGUUGAUAAACGUGGAGUCGUUACCACUCGAUCAGGUAUCGAAUGGCGAAUCCCAAAAUGUCCAAACUUCAAUUCAGAAUUUUGUAAAUAACCUCACUAGGAUAUAUGAUAUUGCUGAUAAAUACAAAGAGCAUAUACCACCAAUCACAUCGCUCGACAGUGCUCCAUUUCCCUACAAAAUUAUUAUACCAGAGAAAAAGCCAGAUCACAAUCAUGACUACCACACAGGCGAAGAAGGUUGGGGAACUUAUAUAAAGAAAAUACUAGAUUGA